AAAAAAAAAAAAAAAAAAAAAAAAAAAAAAUUCUUUGGAAUUUUAAGGGAGGAAAUCAUAAUGUUGUUGAAAGUUCAGGCAAGCAUUCAUGUGAAAUGAAAGAGGAUCCUACUGCUUUUCAAUCUUUAACAAAUCCACCAACUGGAAAUUUUACUUUAGAAAUCACAGCCGAAAAAGAUACAAUUACUUAUAUGUGUAGUGUUGGUUCCCAUUGUUCAGCUGGUAUGUGGGGUGUCAUUUAUGUUGGCGGAACUGAGCCACCUACAUUUGUCAAACCAACUCCAUCUAAUAAGGCUAAUAAAGAUAAUGACAACAAUGCUUCUGAAAAUGAAAUGAACAAUACUGGUAAAGUUGCUGGAAUUGUAAUUGGUAGUAUAUUUGGUUUUGCCAUGAUUUCAGCUAUAGGAUUUUUGUUGGUUAAACGAUGCAGAUCUAAACAAAGAACAGUUCCUACAGCUGAAGGAAUUAAGAGAGUCGUUGAUAAUACUGAUCAGGCAACAAAAGAUACUCAUAAAGCAAAACUUGAAAAUGUAUAAAUUAGUAAAUUAUUUAUAAUUUUUUUUUUGACAGGAAUUAAUAUAGGUGUUUUAUAAUAAUGUUCUCUAACGAUAACUCUGUUACAAAUUUAAUAAUAAAUAUUAUAUUAUUGUUAAUAAGUUAGAUUUAUGAAUUAAUUCUUUCACAAAAAAGGACAUAAAAAUUCAGAAAAUUUAUCGUGCAUACCACAAAAAUCACGUGAAUGAUGCAUCGUUAAGUCGUUAUCAUUUCGACGUAAUUUAUUUCGCAAGAAGAACAAUGAGAACGGUUUUUAUUGGCUUAAUACGUCAGUAUGUUAUCUUAAUUUCGUAAUGUCAGUAAUGUCAGAAUUUCAGCCAGGAGCUUGUUUAUAAUUAGUUAUUUUCAAAUUUAAGACGAUAAUUUAUUUAAAAUGUUUUUCCUAUUUUACAAAUUUUUUUUUUUUUAUAAAAUUUUACAACUACAACUACAAAAUAAGAAAUUGGAAUAAAUAAAUUUUUUUUUUUUUUUUU